AUGAACGAAACAGCAAUGGAAGUUCUAGGAAAGGCAAGAACAAGAAAACAACCAUGGAUGACACAAGACAUUUUGAAUGCAUGUGACAAGAGGCGGGAGCUAAAGGCAAAAAGAUUCAUUGACAGUGACAAAGAGAAGGAAUAUAGAAAUGCUAACAUCAAGGUCAGGAAAGAAAUAAAAAAGGCAAAGGAAGAAUUUCUGGAACAAAAAUGUCAAGAGAUACAACAAGGUUUUGAAGAGAAUAACAGCAAAAAGGCUUUUGAUACAAUCAAACAGCUAAACAGAAAGAAAUCUACAAAGCAGCCAGGCAUAGAAGACGCGAAUGGGAACCUCUUAACAGAGAAUAGUAAGAUCCAGGAACGAUGGACUCAGUAUGUGAAGGAACUAUAUAACUAUAUUCUGGAAACAUCGACGAUGCAGACGAACCUGGCAUUACAAGAAGAGAAAUUGAGUGUUCUGAAAGAGGAACAGGCUGGCUUCUGUGAAGGACGUAGUACUGCAGAACAAAUUUGCAACGUCCGAAUCCUUGGGGAAAAAUUCCGAGACCAUCAGCGAGAACUACAUCACAACUUCAUUGAUUUUAAGAAAGCCUUUGAUAGAGUAUGGAGAAAGGCUCUGUGGUACACGAUGAAGAAGCACAACAUCAGCUUUCACUUAGUACAUCUGAUCGAAGCAUUGUAUGAUGAGGCCACAAAUGCAGUAAUAUCUGACGGAAGGGCACUUAAAUGGUUCAGAACUACUGUUGGAGUACGACAGAGAUGCAUACUUUCACCCAUGUUGUUCAAUUUGUUUUUAGAACAAAUAAUGCUUGAAGCCAUGGAAAAUUUUGAAGGAACAGUUUCAGUGGCAGGACAAAAAGUGAGCAAUCUAAGAUUUGCGGAUGACAUCGAUUUAAUUGCAGGCAACAGUGAAGAACUUUCUAACAUCACGGAAAGAUUGGAAAAACACGCCAAGAAAUAA